GUAAAUUUAAUAACAAAAAAAUUAAAAACAAACGAAUUUAAAAUAAUAGAUACAACAAUUAAACCAUUAUCGGACACACCACAAGGAUAUUCGGGCACACAUUAUUUCAUACAUUUUAAAAUACAAACAAAUGGUGAAUUAAACAGUAGCAGUAUAGUGAAGUUCUUUUUAAAAUUGAAAUUAGAUCCAAAAGAAAGUGAUUUAGGCUCUACAAAAUUUAAUACUCCUGAUAAUGAUAUUUAUUUGCGUGAAACUCAAUUUUUAAAAUUAGUUACCAAAUAUAAAGUCGAAUGGGCUCCAAAAUUUUAUGAUUGUUUUGAAAAUCGAUUAUUAAUCUUAGAAGAUUUAAGUGAACGUGGCUUUAAAGUACCAGAAAAAUCAUUUGAUUUAAAUCAUUGUUUUGUGGGUUUACAAGCUUUAGCAAAUCUGCAUGCUUUUUAUUUUAAGUAUGUUGAUGAUAAAAAGAAAUCGAAUCCAAACUUUUCAAUUUUGAAAGAAUACCCAUUUUUCUUUAAAGAAGUUCUAAUGCAAUUGGAUACAGAAAGUGGUAAAAAUUGGUAUGAAGCUUCAAAAAAUUGUAUGAAUUUUGUAUUAGACGAAAUGUCAACUUGUAAUUUAAACAUCAAGAACAAAGCAAAUGAAGAAUUUAAGAAUCUUUAUGAAUAUUUAAAACCCCGUGAGAAUCUUUACAAUGUUUUAUCACAUGGUGAUUUGCACUUAAAUAAUAUUAUGUUUUCAUAUGAAAAUGAUUUUCCAAAGCAGUGCUGCUUUAUUGAUUUUCAAGUCUUAAGAUUUUUACCACUUUUAACCGAUGUACUUAUGCUAUUACAUUUAAAUGCUCCAACAGAGCUUCGUAAAGAUUCUUUAAGUGAAUUAUUAGAAUAUUAUUUUAAACAAUUAACUGUUGAAUUAACUAAAGUUGGAUUGGAUACGAGUGUGAUCUAUCCGAAGAAUGUUUUUAAAACAGCGAUUAAUGAUUCAACUGUUCCUGUUCUAUUGUUUAAUUGUAUGUAUAAGCCAUUUAUGGUAAUGGAUAAGAAAAGAUUGGCCGAGUGUAUAAAAGAAAAUAGUGAGGAUCUUAUGUUUGGAGAUCGUGCGAAAUAUAUAAAACGUGAAUUUGAUAUUGAUGAAAAUUAUAAAAAAGAACUAUUUAAAGAAUUUCAACUAUUAAUUGAUGAAAUUGUUAAAAUAGUAUGAAUUAUUCCAAGAAUUUAUUGAAAAUGUUACUUCAUUUAUGCUGUGAGAAAACUUUAUUAUCGGAUCAGUAUUUUCUUCUGUGAUUAGGAGAGUUAAUUUUUUUA